GGUACGUGAUUACGUCACAGCGGCGCAGACGCAGAAGCCUUUUAGGUGUCGCGUGUGCCUCUCUCUCUUCCUCCGCCGCCAUCAUGGGUCGCAUGCACGCUCCCGGAAAGGGCUUGUCCCAGUCAGCUCUGCCUUACAGACGCAGCGUGCCAACAUGGCUGAAGCUGACGUCUGAUGAUGUGAAAGAGCAGAUCUUCAAACUGGCCAAGAAGGGUCUGACUCCCUCCCAGAUCGGUGUGAUCCUCCGUGAUUCUCACGGUGUGGCUCAGGUCCGAUUUGUCACCGGAAACAAAAUCCUCAGAAUCCUGAAAUCCAAAGGUUUGGCCCCAGAUCUGCCUGAGGACCUGUACCACCUGAUCAAGAAGGCUGUGGCCGUGCGCAAGCACUUGGAGAGGAACAGGAAGGAUAAAGAUGCCAAGUUCCGUCUGAUUCUGAUCGAGAGCAGGAUCCACAGAUUGGCUCGUUACUACAAAACCAAGAGAGUCCUUGCUCCCAACUGGAAGUACGAGUCGUCCACAGCCUCUGCUCUGGUGGCAUAAACGCUCAUUUUGGAUUAAUAAAACUUGUUAAAAUUA